AGGUGCCGCUCGGCUCUGCUCGGCUCUCGCCUUUCCCUUCCCUCGCGACGAGCCGGGCCCGGGGCCCGGUGCCCCGAGAGGGGCCCACGCCAAUGCGGGGCCCGCUGCUGCGCCCAUGGGCCUCGGAACCCCCUCCUCGACCUUAUCCUCGGUCGUAGAAAGCUCGACCAGACGACGCUGGCCGGAGCACAACGCUCCUGCUGCUGGCUUUUCCACUUCCAUCGCGCAGUCUUCUUGCCGGACCGGACGCGGUCUUUCGCGGUGGUACCUCACGAAAAUCCCGAUUCCAAAGACGUUCCGUGUAUCGCCCCUGUAUUCGCUCCAGUCCCAGCCAAUUGACAGUGUUUCUCUCACAGUGCGAGAAUAUUGUAUUUCGAGUGCGCCUCGAUGUGAGGACGGUGCUUUCAUGAGGGAUUAAAAGAAGAACCUAUCAACGGAGCCGAGAGACAGUUGCACCAGCAUGCGGGAGAAAAGGUGGCUUCUGCUCGCUCUGUACGGACUUGUUCUGGCCAAUGCAGUUUCGGCCGCGCUCAAGGGUACCAGGCCGAAAUUCAAGAUCGCGACCACCUCCACGACAACUACCACCGAGGAGAGCCCUGCCCACGAGAACGAGGACGAGGAUGGCGGGACUCGACCACCGGCCACGUUCUCACCGGCAUCCCUCAGAUCGACUACAUCUGGGACCCUAAUCUACCCCGCGAGUUGAACGGCUACAAUCUCAGCGAUUACCCGUUCUACAACAGCAUACCCGAGGACAUCGACUUCAAAUGCGACGGUCUCCACGACGGAUUCUACGCCAGCGUUCCUCACAAAUGUCAGGUGUACCAUCAUUGCCUGUUCGGCACGAGAUACGACUUCCUCUGCGCGAACUUCACGGCGUUCGACCAGAAGACGUUCAUCUGCCACUUCGUCUCGGAGGUGGACUGCGCUAACUCGAAGAAGUACUGGCACAGGAACGACGCCCUGUACAAGGCCGCGACGACGUCCACGACGUCGACGACGUCCACGUCGACGACGACGACGCCGGCGCCGGCUACGGCCACCGGGCGUGCCUCGUCCAGAGACAGAGAUCUUCCCAGAAGGAGACGGCCGUUCAGAAGACGGCCGACUUACGACUACUACGACGAGGACUACUACGACGACGAUUACAGUCGACCGAGGGGCUACGGCAGGGACGACUACGACUACGAGGACAGAAAGUACAGGAGGGACCGAGACCGCGAGUUCCGGGAUCGGGAUCGCGAUCGUGACUUCAGGGACAGGGAUGCUCCGCGAACGAGGGAGGGGGUCGUCAGGGACGAUCGAGAUCGAGAUACCAGUGCCAGGGACAGAUAUCCGAGCAGAAACAAUAGGAGAGAUCCGAGCAGAACGAGGGACCCUGUCGAGGAAGACACCAGGGUCAGGCCGAGGGACCCCGAUCAAGGAUCAAGGUCCAGAGAAGUCGAUGACACCGAGUUGGAGGAUCGACGGACCGAGGAUCGUCGCUACUCCGACAAGAGAUACAGGGACGAGUACGACGACAAGGAGGCUGCGUCUUCUUCGGCAGCCUCGGUAGCGAGCUCCGACAGCCUGGUGAAGCCGGCAGCGCCUGUGUCUUCGGUCUAUUCCAGACCCAGAGCUCCGCCUAAGAUCAGAAGACCCGUGCCGCUCUCCGAACAAGACAAAUAUGCUUACAAGGCCCCCGCUGUUCAAUCGACAGAAGAGCCGAGAAGACGACCGCUGGACACCGAGGACGAUUACUACGAAGACGAAGACUUCCGACCGAUGAGAAGGCCGAUGAGAAGGCGGCCGUCUUACCGUGACAGGGACAGGGACUUCUACGACACCAGGGACAGGGACAGGGACCGGGAAAGAGACCGACCCUUCAGGCCGCGUUACCGGGACGAGGAGGACGAUCCGCGGCCGAGGAAGCACCCCGAUCGCUCGAGAGAUCGCUACUACGACCGAGACAGGGAUCGAGGAGCCGACCGCGGCAGGGAUCGAUCCCUGGAUCGCGGGAAGGAUCGUCCAGCGGAGAGACCGCUGGAUCGCGACAGGGGACGGCCGCAGGAGGCGGAGAAGCAGGAGAGGCCUUUCUCUUCGCGACCCGGGGACAGAGACCGGGAGGAUCGUCCUAGAACUGGCUCGAGAUCGAAGGAUCUGCAGGACACCACGGAUCCUCCGGCCAGAAGAGGCGGCAGCUACGAGAGACCCACGACAACCGCGGCGACCACCACCACCACCUGUCUGCCGGAGCAGCUGGUCCACAAGGUAGAGACCGACUCGAAGGAGCCGGACAGGUCCGAGAGACCUUCGGAGAGGCCUUCGGAGAGAGUUUCUCAGAGGCCGUCUCAAGGCACGACGACCAGAGCGCCAUUGGACGACGAGGAGUCCCACAGGACCGGUCAGCAGGACUAUCAGGAGCGGGACCAGGAGGACAGACGGGACCAUGGUCAAUACCAGGCUCCGGCGGACGAGUACUCGCAGGAAUACUACGACGAACCCGAAGAUCCUCCUGCUCCUUCGCCGAGGACCGCGGUUCGCAUAGUGAAGCGACCGUUCCUGCCUUCCAGAGGCGGAAACGCGAACCCUAGGGGCUUGUCGCCGGUCGGGUCGAAGGCCACCACGCCUCGAAGGGAGGAGGACAGGCCAACGGAAAGGCCGAAGAGUUAUUACGGGCAAGAGGAGACCCAGGAUCGUCCCCCGGAGCACAAUCAACAGACGAAGCCGCGGCAGGAGGAGAAGGAGACUUACGACGCGUACAAGACGGUUCUGAACAGCCAGGACAGGGACCAUAGGCCGGAAGAGUACGAUACCUCGCUCGUCAGACCCGCCGUUCGAAGACCAGCCGACAGGCAGAGGGAGGAGGAGGCGCAGAAGACCGCGGACGAGUUCGUCAGGGGACAGAAGCACCAUCAGGAGGACCGACAACAGAGUUACGAGGAGGGGCUGCCUAAAUGGCCCAGCGAGGAUUACCCCAGCGCCCAAAAUAGCGAGACUGCGUCUCGGAACAAAGGGAGGGUGAACGAGAACCCGAACGUUUACGCUCCCGCGGUUAAGAACGAGGAGACCCAGCAGCAUCCGACCGGGCCAGGAAACUUCCGGGUGAAGCAACGAUUGAACGAGGUCACCCAUCGGCUGCAGGACAUCCCGGAGAGCGAGUACGAUGUCACCUUGAACGACGCGCUCACUCCUACCUUGAAUCAGGAAGCCAACUUGCCGAGCGGAUUCGUCCUGCCUCUUCACAGACAGCAGAUCGGGAGGGACACGAUCCUCCAGCCCUCCGAGAACAACUACAAGGUCUCCAGGCCCGUGAACCAGCAACAGCAGAAACCCUUCGUGCCCAGCCCGCAAUUUCUGCCGGCUGUCUCCAGCAACGACAGGCUGAGGACCGUCUACUACAGACCCGCCGAGACCAUCCAGCUCGGCGGAUCUCAAUACAGACCGCAGAGGGGACCGUGGCAGGAUUAUACCGGUUACUGAGAGGGUUCGCGUCGUUUACAUCUUUAAAAAAAAGCUGCCGAGCUGUAACGCGGAAUCGGCUCGACCUGGAAACCGAGUUCGCCGGUUCCCGAGGGAUCGAUCGAUCGGAUCGAUCCUCUUCAGGCGAGGGUUUGUCAGUUUGUUCCUCGGUCGGUCUUUCUCGUUGUCUUUCACGCGAGGCUCCGGGGCAACGGAUCGCUUCGUUGCUCCGGAUCUUCGGUAGAAAAUGCUAAAUAUAUAUAUAUAUAUAUAAAAAGAGUAUAACAAAGUAAUCAAAUAAUCGCGACGACGUCGAACGGCGUCGAGCGCGGCAACAUGAUCGAGGUACUCCAAAAUAAAUCGUGUUUCGCGUCUCUCUCUCGACUCGAGGAGUCGAGGAGUGUUCUGUAGAAGUUAGUCGAAUUCGUUCUAUCGUAAUCUGCGGUACGCUAAAGUGAUCCGAUUCUGUUUUGUCUGUAAAUAUUCGCACGGUUACGCCUAACUUUACGAUUAUGUUUCGUCUUUAAAUUAUUCACGGACACGUGUACACGGUUCUCCGCGAAAGCACGCUCGUCGUCCCGAUUUCCUUUCUUUCGAUAUUAGUAGCGAGUAAGCGUUCUCGAGUAUACAGAAUGUCUUUGUAAAUUAUAUAAACUGUGACGUACGAUAUUAAAAAACUGACAAAAUAUA